AUGUGUUUUUUUUUACAUCUAUCUAUAAAUUUCAUUACGAUACUUUUUCUUUUUUUUCAAAUACAAUUAAUUAUAAAAUGUGAAAGAUUGCCAGAAGAAAUUAUGUUAGAUUUAAAAAUACCAAAAUGUCCUAAUGGGCAGAAUGCUUUGAUUGAUUCAGAAGGAUUAACAAAAUGUGGUUCAGCAUGCCCUGAUGGUUUUAAUUGUUAUAAGAAUGAAAGUGAAAUAUCUGAAUAUUGUUGCCCUGAUAUAGAUUUAUUACAUAAAUUAUAUGAUAAUAUUGAUAGAGAUUUUUAUUUAAAUACUAUGAAACGAUAUCCAGAACCAAAAGCAUUAACUUCAAAAGAUGUUGAAACAGCAUUUCCAUUAUUUCCUAAUAAUGAUGUAUGGAGUAAUCUUGCAUCAUUUCCAAAUACUAAGAUUCUUGACAUUUAUGAUAAUCUUGUUAAUACAAACAAAAAUAAAAAAAUAAUGAAAAUAUCAGUUUUAUCAAAUCAUAAAAAUAAAACAGAACAAAAUAUUAUUAAAAAUGUGACUAUAACAAGUAAAGAAAAUCAUCCACAGAAGUCAGUUAACGAUACAUUAUUGAAAAAUAUUUUAAUUCCAAUAAAAAGUAACAUAACAACAACAACUCUUAAUCCAAUACCAAACUCUACAAUACAAAAAAAUAAUCAGUCCAAAACUUUAGAAACAUUGAAGACAACACCUAUUCCAACGACAACACUAACAACAAUAAUAAUACCAUCAACUACAUCAUCCAAUAAAAUUUCAAAUAAUAUUAGAAGAAAACCUUCUUCUACGGAUGUUAAUACAGAAAUGGUAAAUGAUAUAAAUAUACCAUCUCAUCAGAGUUUUUUUUCUGAGGAAAAUUUAACUAAUUUACAAAUAUAUGAAAAAAAUAAAUUUUUAGAAACAGAAAAUUUUGAUUUACAAUCAUUUUUAUCAUUAUCACCUUAUUACUGUGAAAGACAUUCAUUAAAUUAUACAUGUAAUAAUGGAACUGUUUUAACACAAUUUGUUACUCGUUGGUAUGCCAAAGAUAACCAAUGUCAUACUUAUACAUAUUCUUUUUGUCCAGGUGACACAAUAUCAAUGGAUAAAUCACUUAGAUCAAAAGAAGAAUGUGAAGAAAUAUGUUUAAAAAAAGGACAAAAAAUAAAUUCUAAUAUGCCAUUAAAAAUAGUACAAUCAAUAGAAAAAAAUGAUAAUAAUAUUAUUGAUGAAAUAACUAAUAAUACAAGUCAAAAAUUACAAAAAAAUUUUGAUUUAACUGAUAUAGAUGAGAUUAUUAAAACGAUGACAAUUGAAGAUCGAACAAAAUUAUUAACAAAUCAGAAAACAUAUGCAUCAAAAAUUAUUAAUGAAGAAAAUUCAAAAAAUAAUUUAUUUAAUUCUCAAGAUACAGAAAUAUUUCAAAUACAUGACAAUUUGGAACAAUUUAUCUGUGUCCGUCCCGAUACUUUUGCCCACAUUUGUCCUGAUGGUUUUCCAUCUCAAUUGACAUUAAGAUGGUUUGUUUAUGAGAAUCAAUGUAUUACAUUUCCAUAUGGAUAUUGUCACGGAGAUAGAGUAACUGAAGAAGCGUUUGCAAAAACUAAAAAAGAAUGUGAAUAUCAUUGUCUAAUGAAUAAUCAUGAAAAAACAGAUAUAUUAUAA